AUGGCUUCCAACGGUUCCAAUGGAGCCUCUCAGCAGCCUCAGGUCCAGCCCUGCAGGUACAAGGUCGGCAAGACGCUGGGCGCUGGCUCUUACUCCGUCGUAAAGGAAUGCGUUCACAUCGAUACCGGUCGCUACUACGCCGCAAAGGUCAUCAACAAGCGAUUGAUGGCCGGCCGAGAACACAUGGUCCGCAACGAGAUCGCGGUGCUGAAAAAGGUCUCCAUGGGCAACCAGAACAUCCUGACUCUCGUCGACUACUUCGAAACCAUGAACAACCUCUACCUCGUCACCGACCUGGCUCUCGGCGGUGAGCUCUUUGACCGAAUUUGCCGCAAAGGCAGCUACUUCGAAUCAGAUGCCGCCGACCUUGUCCGCGCCACCCUCUCCGCCGUCGCGUACCUGCACGACCACGGCAUCGUCCACCGCGACCUGAAGCCCGAGAACCUCCUUUUCCGCACACCAGAAGACAAUGCAGACCUCCUAAUUGCCGAUUUCGGACUGAGCCGCAUUAUGGAUGAGGAGCAGUUCCACGUCCUGACCACGACAUGCGGCACCCCUGGAUACAUGGCUCCCGAGAUCUUCAAAAAGAUUGGCCAUGGCAAACCCGUCGAUGUCUGGGCUAUUGGCGUCAUCACCUACUUCCUCCUGUGCGGCUACACGCCCUUCGACCGCGACAGCGAUUUCGAGGAGAUGCAGGCCAUCCUGAACGCCGACUACAGUUUCACGCCCUUCGACUACUGGCGUGGCGUCUCCGACCAUGCCAAGGACUUCAUCCGUCGCUGCCUCACCAUCGACCCGAACAAGCGCAUGACGGCGCAUGACGCCCUGCAGCACCCCUUCGUCGCCGGCUACCUCAACAACGGCGAAGGCGAAGGCCAGAACCUGUUGCCAACCGUCAAGAAGAACUUCAACGCUCGCAGGACCCUGCAUGCUGCCAUUGAUACCGUCCGCGCCAUCAACAAGCUCCGCGAGGGUCAGGCCAACUUGAUGGACGGGGCCAAGUCGCAAGAACCCACACGGGGAGCCGCGGCUCUGAAGACCCAGCCAAACACGAGAAAGGACGAUAGCGCCAUCAGUAUAAGUAGCCAGGGUGAUAAGGACUCGGGCUACGGUACCCAACCCGAAGCCGAUAGCCAGACUGAUGUUGUCAUGACAGAUGCCGGGCCAACGCUGAGCGGUGUACCGGCCAGCCUGCGGCCAGGCAGUGAGCAGAACAAGGUGGUUGAGACGAGCAGGGGCUUGUGGAGUGGUUCUGCAUUGCGACGAUAG